AUGGCAUUGAACAGAUAUGCUAGUCUUGCACUGCACACAGCAGGAAUCUAUGUGUUUUUCAUUGUGUUUGGAGUUUUUGGAGAGAAAAUAGCCACAGGCACAUAUGCAGGCAAGAAAUAUGAGUCGAUGCUGUUUCCCAUAGUGCUCCAAAGCCUGGGAGGAAUGAUGUUUGGGAGAUGUAUGAUGGGAAGAACCGGAGGAAAUGUGUGCAGGCGUUUGAUGUUGAAUUAUCUGUGCCUAGCGCUUUUGAGCAUAGCAUCGGCGAGCCUUGGAAUUUUGUCGCUAAGGUAUCUUAGCUAUCCUACGCUAGUGAUAGCAAAGUCAUGCAAGCUUGUGCCUAUUGCGUUGAUAAACAUCUUGGUGUAUAGGCGGCGAAUGAGUUGCAGAAGGUGCUUGUCUCUGUGCCUUGUUUCUGUGUGUGUUGUACUAUUUUCGCUUCUUGAUGGCAGCAGAAGGAGCGGAAGCGGAACGAGUGUGCUUGGAGGGAUGAUUCUUGUACUAAGCCUGGCGGCAGAUGGGUUUAUUAACUCGCAGCAAGACCAUGUAUUCCGAGAGUUCAAAGUGACGCCGUUUGAGAUGAUGUACUACACGAAUGGGUUUAGGCUUGCAAUUGUUCUUGCAAUGGGGCUGAAGCAGAACAGCAUUGGAUAUACGAUUGAGUUUGUGAGAGCAGUGCCUGGGAUGGGCGUUGAUCUGCUGCUGUAUUCGGCAUUUAAUGUGAUUGGGCAGGGGGUGGUGUACUCGAUGGUGCAGGCACAUGGGUCGUUGACUCUUACGAUGGUGAAUGUCACGAGGAAGAUGCUGUCUAUUUUUGUUUCGUUAGUGGUGUUUGGGCACACCAUGAGCAGGAUGCAGGUUGCAUGUGUGAUAGGGGUGGUGAUAUCGAUAGGUUUGGAGGUUAUUGAGCCCAAGGCAAGGAAGCAAAAGGCAGAAGAAAGUGGGAAGAUAAAGGAUGAAUAA